AUGGUUUACCAAGCCAUGGAGAAGAUAAAGAUCAUCGAAGAGAGGUUUCAAACUACUCAGAGUUGCAAGAAAUCCUACACUAAUGUUAGGAGGAGAGAUCUGGAGUUCGAAUUGCACAAUUGGAUAUACUUGAAAGUCUCACCCAUGAAGGCAUUUAUUCAUCCCGUGUUUCACAUCUCUAUGCUUAAGAAGUGUUUGGAAGAUCUUUCACUUAUUAUCCCAACUGAGAGCAUUAAGGUGAAAGAGAGUUUGAGUUAUGAAGAGAUUCUUGUUCAGAUUUUAGAUCAGCAAGUUCACAAAUUGAGAACAAAGGAGGUAGCAUCCGUCAAAGUUCUAUGGCGAAAUCACUUUGUUAAAGAAGCUACAUGGGAAGCUGAAGAGGAUAUCAAAGCUAGAUACCCUUAUCUAUUUGUGCCUCCCAAUGAUGAUGUCGAUGGUAAUGUUCCUUCUCUAUCUUUGAUUUGA